CCUUGCCGUUUGUUUUAUAUACACACACACACACAUAUAUCUCUCUCUCUCUCGUGUGCCGCUUCUUCUGAGUUCUGAGAAGGGCUAGAGGUAGGGGAGAUUUUCUUGACAAUUUUGGUAUUGUUUUUCUCUUAAAGAAAAAAAUGAACGUCUCUAUGUGCUCAAUGUCAUCUGAGAUAGCAUUUUCUUCAUGCGAGAGUCUCCAAGGCCGAAAUCUUUAUUUGAUGCCUUUAAAAUCUUUUGGCAAAGAUAAUGCUCGGAUGCAAAAACGUGUUGUGGGGAAUGUUCUUGUUUCCAGCCAUUUGAUACCUCAUCAUUUGGAGGAAUCCUUUCCAAGAAAGGCACAGCUAGAGGGAAAAAAUCGGAAGUUACAGUUCAUCCGGACGUUGUUGAUUGACAACUAUGAUAGUUAUACCUACAAUAUAUUCCAGGAACUGUCCAUUGUCAAUGGUGUUCCUCCAGUGGUGAUUCGGAAUGAUGAGUGGUCAUGGGAAGAUGCAUAUCGUGUUUUAUAUCAAGAAAAGGCAUUUGAUAAUAUUGUCAUAUCACCUGGCCCCGGCACACCGACAUGCUCUGCAGACAUAGGAAUAUGUCUUAGAGUGCUACUGGAGUGCAGAGACAUCCCUAUUUUAGGUGUCUGUCUUGGUCAUCAGGCUUUAGGAUAUGUGCAUGGAGCUAAAGUUGUUCGUGCAUCUGUGCCUGUUCAUGGACGUCUAAGUGACGUUGAGCAUAACUGUUGUAGACUGUUCCAUGAUAUCCCUUCUGGAAGAAAUUCAGGAUUUAAGGUUGUUAGGUAUCAUUCUCUUGUUAUUGAUCCACAAUCCCUUCCAAUGGAACUUAUACCAAUAGCAUGGACUUCUUCUCCUGAAGUAGUUCCUUUUCUUGGUAUCCAAGGAUAUGAUUCUGUCUCUGACGCUCAUGAUAGACAAGGUGACCAACAAAUGUUCGUUGACUGCAUAGCGACAAAGUUGAAUGAAAGAAAAUCAUGGCCUUCUUGUCACCCUCAAGAAACAAAGAGUGAAAAAGUCCUCAUGGGUAUCAUGCACUCGACUAGGCCUCAUUAUGGUUUGCAGUUUCAUCCAGAGAGUGUUGCAACUGGUCAUGGGAGGCAAAUAUUCAAGAACUUUGCUGACAUAACAAAGGAUUAUUGGUUCAGGUUCAGAUCAUCUUCCAGUCCUGAGGGACAGGUUUAUGCUGCAUGCAUGCAGGUGCCUGAUGUUAGCCAUCUCUUUCAAGAUGUUAUGAGAGGACAUUUGGUGAAAAAAAUGGAUGAGGCAAAACAUUUUAAUUUUUACAACAUGCCAAAGCUAAAGUAUUUAAGCAAUGAUGUGAAAUUUCUGAAGUUGAGAUGGAGAAAAUUGGCAUCCCCAGCAGGCCGACUCGGUGGAGCUAGAGAUAUUUUCUGCAAACUUUUUGGAGAUUUUAAAGCUGAGAACACCUUCUGGCUGGACAGUUCGUCUGUGGAAAAGGAAAGGGCUCGAUUUUCAUUUAUGGGGGGAAAAGGUGGCACCUUGUGGAAGCAAGUUACCUUUAGACUGUCAAACGAAAGUGAUGCAGAAUUUAGAAGUGGAGGGUAUCUAUCAAUUGAAGAUGCCCAGGGCUUUACCCAAAGUAUCAUUUUAGAGGAUGGCUUCUUUGAUUUUUUGAACAAGGAGCUGCAUUCCUUUCGUUAUGACAAAAAGGACUUUGAAGGAUUACCAUUCGAUUUUUAUGGUGGCUAUGUUGGCUAUAUUGGGUAUGAUCUUAAAGUUGAAUGUGGCAUGGCCUUGAACCGUCACAAAUCAAGGGCCCCGGAUGCUUGUUUUUUCUUUUCAGAUAAUUUUGUUGUGAUAGACCAUCACAAGGAUGAUAUCUAUAUUUUGUCUAUACAUGAGCAAGGCACAUCUGCUAGUACAUGGUUGGAUGAUGCUGAGCAGAAGCUUCUUAGUAUUGAAAAUUCCACAACAAAAAGUUUGAUGUUUCAAGUGUCUCAAGGUUCAAUAGAUGACCCAUUGAAAUUAGGUUUUUCUGCUGGAAAAUCUAGAGAGCAAUAUAUGAAAGACAUCAACAAUUGUCAAAAAUUUAUUAAAGAUGGAGAAAGCUACGAGUUAUGUCUCACGACUCAGUUGAAGAAGAAAAUAGGGGAAAUGGAUCCAUUGGGACUUUAUCUUAAUCUUAGAGAAAAAAAUCCUGCACCAUAUGCUGCGUGGCUCAAUUUUUCAAAGCAAAACCUGUGCAUCUGUUGUUCUUCUCCUGAGAGGUUCCUUCGAUUGGACAGACAUGGUAUUUUGGAAGCAAAACCUAUCAAGGGUACUAUAGCUCGUGGAUCUACCAAACAAGAAGAUGAAUUACUUAAAUUGCAAUUGCAAUACAGUGAAAAGGAUCAGGCUGAAAAUCUGAUGAUUGUCGACCUUCUGAGGAAUGAUCUUGGACGUGUAUGCGAACCUGGUUCAGUUCAUGUUCCCCAUCUUAUGGAAGUGGAGUCAUAUGCAACAGUUCACACUAUGGUGAGUACUAUUCGGGGGAGGAAGCAAGCAAAUGUAUCUGCAAUUGAAUGCGUCAGAGCUGCAUUCCCUGGCGGGUCAAUGACAGGUGCACCAAAGCUGAGAUCCAUGGAAAUUCUCGACACUCUAGAAAAUUGUUCCAGAGGCAUCUACUCUGGAUGCAUUGGGUUUUUCUCAUUCAACCAAACGUUUGAUCUUAACAUCGUCAUUAGAACAGUAGUGAUACAUGAGGAUGAAGCUUCCAUAGGAGGAGGAGGGGCCAUUACAGCUCUUUCAAGUCCGGAUGAAGAGUACAAAGAAAUGAUUCUGAAAACAAGAGCUCCCGCUAGUGCUGUUUUCGACUGCGAAAGCAAGUCACACUAAGUUUUAUAGUACAUAGUUCAGAAAAAUAUUUGAAAGGGCUGCUGAUGUGCUAAUCUGGAUUGUUGGGAUGAGGUAAUUGUAGAAUACCACAAUAGUUUAGUCAUUCUUUUAGGAGAGCUGGUAAGGAAUAUUUUGGCUCUUCACGCAAAUCACACCUACAAAUAGAAUUUUUUUUGGAAACAAUUGCUGGGAGUCGGGGGCAUGAAAAUGUGGUUAUGCAGAGCAUCAUUCCAGUGCUGAUUCCCGACCUCCAUGUGUCUGUAAUAUCAAUCUCUAGAAAUUUUGAAAUUUAACAGGUGUGGAGUUAAGUGGACCUGCAAAAGGUAAACUUCCAUGGCUUCA